AUGUCCAAUGUUACCAAGCUUACUGCUUCCAACUACUUGAUGUGGAACCGUCAAGUUCGUGCUCUGCUUGCUGGUUAUGGUCUUGCGGGGUACCUCGAUGGCACCACCGUUGCUCCGAACGCCACCGUGCGUCAAAGUGCAACCUCUAUUCCUAAUCCAGAGUAUAACCUUUGGGAAAGGCAAGAUCAACUCAUUGUUGCUAGCCUUCUCGGUGCGAUCUCGAUCGAAAUUCAACCCAUGCUCUCCAAGGCUUCCACGUCAGCCGAGAUCUGGAGUCUUCUUUCCUCUGCGUAUGCUAAACCAACGUGGGGACACAUAAAACAACUUCCGGAACAGACCAACAAAUGGCGGAAAGGUUCUCCCAUAGUUGAAGAAUACGUUCAGGGUUUGGUUGUUCGGUUUGAUCAACUUGCUACGCUUGAUAAGCCGUAUGAACAUGAAGAACAAAUAGAGUUUCUGCUGGGAGGUCUUCCAGAGGAUUACAAGCCUCUUAUUGACCAGAUCGACGGCCGCGACACGCCUCCUUCCAUGCCUGCCAUUCAUGAGAAGAUCAUUAAUUAUGAGCUGAAGUUUCAGACGCAAGUUUCCACAUCGUAUGUUGUUCCAGUUACGGCGAAUGCUGUGUUUCACAAACCCUCAUAA